AUGGUAUGUACGGCAACUCUGCAGCUCCGCCUUGCGCUUAAUGUGUUCGACACAUUGAUCGACCGGAAUUAUUGUGAUUUUGUUAGGCAAAUGAUGGAUUCCGAUGCUUCGUCGGACAAGGAGUAUGGACCGACGGAGCUUGACCAAAUGAUUCAAGAUGAGUUCUUCAAUUCGUUGAAUUCAGAUGAAGAAGAGGACAUGAUCAUGCUCAUGAGCAUGCAAGAGGAAAUGGACCGACAAGUGGAGCAUAUUCUCAACUUCAAGGGCUCAAUCAAAGGGAGAAGAGUGAUCAACCAGGACAGGGUGUCCGGAGCAAAGUUACCGCACAAUUACUACUUUUCUCCCACACCUGCUUUCCCGGAUGAUCCAUGGUUUCGCCGCCGUUUUUGCAUGCGGAAACCAUUGUUUUUGCGUAUUGUGGAGGGAGUGGAGGCACAUGACGACUACUUCAAGCUGAGAAGGGUUUGCUGCGACCAUCUCUCUUUCUCGGCCAAACAGAAGUGCACGGCUGCUUUGAGGAUGCUUGCACUUGGUACUGCUGCAGACGCCGUUGGUGAGAUGGUCAAGAUGGGGAGAGCACGUGCCUGA